AUGAAUGCCCCACCAACAUUCGAAUCAUUUCUUUUAUACGAUGGAGAAAAAAAGGUCCAGAAGGAAGAAGACACAAAGGUGACAAAUGCAGCUAUAUUUACAGUAAACAAGGAAGAUCAUACACUUGGAAACAUGAUCAGGCAUCAACUCCUAAAGGACCCAAAAGUCUUAUUUGCGGGUUACAAGGUACCUCAUCCACUGGAACAUAAGUUUGUGUUGCGCAUCCAAACAACUUCAGACUAUACUCCCCAGGAAGCUUUCAUGAAUGCUAUUACAGACUUAACCUCUGAACUAUCACUGUUUGAAGAAAGAUUUAAGGAAGCCAUAAAGGAGAAGAAAGAAGGGUUAGAUUAA